AUGAGAUCCCAGCGCGACUCGGCUCAACAGGUGCAACCAGUGGUGGAGAUUAUCAGGAUUAACGAGGCUGCGCACAGCGGAGACGGCUUGGAGGGCGGCAGCUUGCUCGUGAGCAAUCCCGCUGACGCCAUUGUUCUCGCAGAGGGCGACCUCCCGAGUCGUCUGUAUUCAGUGUGCGCGGCUUACGCCUUCGCCUCGCUCACGCAAACACCGACCGUCGCGCUGUGGCCCUCGGACGCACACAUGCCGCAUGUGCGCUUCCACCACCUCUUCUCGACUCGUCAUAGCGAAGAGUACAGUACCGCGGACAGCGCAGACGGGGUAAGAAGUACGGAAGAGAUGAGCAGGAACGGGUGGCGGUACCUGCGCGUCAAGGACUCGGCCAUCGCGAGCGAGGAUGUGAAGAAAGGGCUCAACUCCAACCGUCGCACGGUGUUCCUUUCUCCAUGCGAAUCCGCAGAACAGCAGCAGCAGCAGCAGCAGCAGCAGCCACAGCAGCAGGGCGGAAGCGAGCAAGCGGAGGCGGCUCCGUUUGCGCUCUAUAUGCCAGCAGAAGGCGCUGGGGUAAAGGUGGCAGGCGAGGAGCGCUCAGGAGCAGCAGCAGCGGGAGAGACGGCAGUGGAUGCGGCAGCGACAGGGGAGGAGAUAGCGGAGAUUUCAGUGUCGCGGUGCGAGUACGAGCGCGAGGUGGAUCUGUGCUUGGCGUCGCUACAGCCGUCCGCUGACGUGGCGAGACUGGUGGCGAAGGAGGAGUUGGAGGCGGUAGAGGCGACUGUAGCCGUGCACCUGGACGACCUUGCUCCCCCCGGCUGUUCCGGCUGCGCCGCCGCCACAUCAGACGCCUCCGCCGCCCUCUGCGCCAUGCGCCGCAUCGCCAUGGAGUCUCUUAAAGACCCCUCGCUGCGCUUCGUCCUCGGCUCCCCCUCCCCCGCGCGCGCCGCCACUGUGACCGCGUAUUUCGACCCCCUGCGCGCGCCCCUGCUGCUCCGCGCGGGAGAGGAGCGGCGGAAAAAGUGCGCGUUUGAGCAUAUGAGGGGAGCAGAGGGGGAAGGGCAGGGGGGUGCGGAAGGCGGAAGCGGAAGAGGGAGGCGGUUGAACGAGGAAGGCAGAGGCGGCCCAGUUGAAGGGCCAAGGGUUGCGAGAGCGGAGAGAGAUCCGAUUCUGCUGUGCCAUCAGUUACGGGUGUCUGAGCUCUUUACCCUCAGCCGCGCUCAGGGCUUCCUCCCCAUCAACUCGUCCUCGAUAGAAGCGCGUUUCGUUACAGCACAAGGGAGGGCGCGGUCGGCGGAGUUUGAGGUGGCGCGGUCGGUGUGCGAGUCGGAGGAGGUGCUCCCCAUUCCGCAGCAGAAGUGGGCCAAAUUCACCUUCGUCGAAGAGCGUCUGGGAAUGGCCUACUGCGGUAUUCCCGAGGUGGCCUCCACCACGUGGCUGCAGUGGAUUCGCGCGCAGAGCGGCCUGCCUUACACGGACAAGGAGCCGCUGAUAAGGGAGACGGGGCUGCACCGGCUGUCAGCCAACUUCACAGAGAAGGAGGCGGUGCGGCUGAUCUUGCGCCCGGGCAUGUUCCGAUUCACGUUUGUGCGCAACCCCUUCACGCGCGCCCUCUCUGCCUACCUCUCCAAGCUCGCCUACACCUCCUCCAUCACCGCCUCGCGCCGCGGCUCCACACAGUCGCCCAGGCAGCUCUGGGCCAAGGCGUUUUUCCGCCACGUGUGGCAGCAGUACGAGGAGGUGCGCGCGCCAGAGGGUCUGGUGACCUACCGUGCGUUCCUGAGGCUGGUGGGCGCACUCAUGCAGGACCACAGGGCCACCAUGAACCGCCACCUCUCGCCCCAGGUGGACAUCUGCAAUCUGAACGGCAUCAAGUACGACUAUGUGGGGCGCUUUGAGCACUUCAAGCGGGACGCGGAGACAAUGGCGGGCGAGUUUGGCGGGAAGCACCUGGACGUGUUUGAAAUCGACCCCAGCGCGCAUGUUGUGACCAACAGGAGUGUCGUCAAGUACUAUAACGAGGAGGCUUCUAAGCUGCUUAUGCAGGUCUACAAGAUGGACUUCCAUAUCCCUCUAAACAAUAUUUCUUAUUGGCCACCAAAAGCCCUUGAGAAGCCUAAGAACACGUCUCUUGCAUAG